AUGCCCCAAAACCCGAACCUCUACGGCCAGCCCGCGCCCAAAAGGCGAAAGAACAACGCGGCCUUGACAAGCACCCUAGACUUCACAGCACAACUGACCUCGCUACUCAACGUUUCCGCCACAUCUACCACGUCCGCUGCCUCCCGGUCACGGCCAGGGCCCUCGAAGAUCACGAAUGAUGCCGCGGUGUUCAAGUCCAGAGCGUCCCGAGAGGCGAGGCGCGACAAUAAGCUGUCCCUCAAGGAUGCGCCUGGGCAGGACGAGGCGCAGACGUUGGCCAGCACGCGGCGCAAGAUGGAAGAAAAGGCUCGGCUCUACGCCGCCAUGAAGCGCGGCGACUAUGUCUCCAAGGAGAACGAGGCCGCACCACUCGUCGACUUUGAUCGCAAAUGGGCUGAGGCGGAAGAACAGCGUGAGCAAGAUGACGAGUCUAGCUCGGGGUCCGACGACGAUUACGACGGCGGAGGCGACAAAGGGAAAUCAUCUGAGAAUAAUACAGAUGGCAAUGAGUUGGUUGAAUAUGAGGAUGAAUUCGGUCGAUUGAGGCGCGGUACCAAGGCCGAGAUCGACCGACUGGAGCGCCAGCGCCGGCGUGGUGUUCUCGGCGCAGAGGCACUGGAGGGCAUGGCGGCUCGCCCCAAGGCCCCGACUCAAAUCAUUUACGGUGACACGAUACAAACGCUCGCCUUCGUGCCCGAAGAUGCAGAAAAUAUGGACGCGCUGGCGCGCAAACGUGACAGGAGUCCGACGCCACCCGAAGCCAAACACUACGAUGCAGACAGCGAGAUCAGAACGAAAGGAGCAGGCUUCUACAAGUUCAGCCGGGAUGAGGAAACACGGAUGGCCGAAAUGGAAAACCUGGAGAAGGAGAGACAGCAAACGGAAGAGAAGAGACGAGCGCUGGAUGACAAGAAGCAGGCUAGGCGGCAGCAAAUAGAGGAAAGGAGGAAAGAGCUUGAGGGCAGAAGGGCUAAGAAGAUGGCUGAUAACUUCCUUGAUACUCUAGCCGCAGAUUACGGUGGUCGCGAGUCGGACGGUAAAGACGAAACCGAGGCAUAA